UUCAGUUUGUACUGCUUUUUUAUUUAUUCCUACGUGAGCAGACCCAGUACAGUUCUUGCAUAUAAACAGUGAAAAUUCCAAUAUAAAGGAUUUAUUAUACCUUCUUUUGGAGUAACAUUAGUGCUAGCCAGAACCUUGCCUACUAUGUAAGCCUAAGAAGAUACAUUUUCUGCGGGUAAUCCCAAAGCUUUCAGAAAACACUUGUCUGCUAUUCUGCAAAUGCUGACUAUCUGGUCUGGACCACUCUCCUGGGGCCAAAGUGUUUACAGAUCUCAUCUGAAUGAUACAGUCCUUCAGACAUGCUCAGUCUUGUACUUGCAUGAAUUAGGGCAAGGACCAUACAUCAAUUACUGAAUCCUGUUUGAUGCUAUACAUUUGCUUGGUCACAAGCCACUGGCUUUGUUUGGCUAUUUGAGGAGAUUAGUUUCAGCUGCUAAAGUAGAAAGAUGGGACAAGAAGAAAAACACCACCACCGCAGGAAGAAUUUCUGUUUGAUAUUAAUGGGUAUAUUCCUACAGCAAAGAUAUGCAUCAGGAAAGCAAUUGCCCAAGACUGUUAUUAUGCAUGUUAUUUACAUUCUAUGCAAAUAAGAAAUAUUUAAGUGGUCCACAGUUCAAAACUUGAAUCUCUUGCGGAGGGUUAACUGUUACCUAAGUAGGCAUUAGAAAAAGUGGUUGACUAAUUUAUCUUUGCAAUAGUUAACAGUUAACAUACCUUGACUAGUAUAAUUUAUAUUUUUGUUGUAAGAGAAAUCAAGAUUAGUUUCAGAAUGUAAACCUUAAGAAUUCCAAAUUCUCUGUCCAUUAAUGUUCUCCUUUGAUUGGAUAUUUAAAUUAUUUAGUUUAUCUUGGUGAUUGGUCUAAUUAGUAAUUUUCUCUGUAACAAAAUAUUAUUGGUAAAUGUGAGGAAAAAUUGAAAGACUAUCUCAAACGGAAUAGAUUACCUAGAAAUAUAAAUAAAACCCAACAGAAUGAAAAUAAUUAGUUUCCUAAUCAAUAGUUAAAGUCUUCAUUUGCAUCUGGGGCAUAACCACCAGAUGCUGUUAGAAUGGCCUAAUGAAAUGGGUCGCAGAGAAACUUAUUACUUGCAGGCCUCAAACUGCGAUUCAAUGGCCCAGCAAAACAAGAAAAUGCGCCCUGUUUUACUCAAACGGAAUAGCCUGGAUUCAGUUGAUUUUAUGAGGCAGCCACACCACCGCAGGAGCAAAUCUCAGCAAGUCCGAUUCAAAGAUGAUGGUACAAACAAGAAGCCAAUUGGUGUCACUGAAAUGGACACUAAACCUGCCAAAGACACAACGCUCAUGAUUGGAAAGGCACAAAUAUCUAGGCACCAUAACCUGCCAAACUAUUCUCUCUCUUUCCCAAGGGCUCAGAAGGGGCAUCGGAAUAUUGCUAUUCAAACUUCUCCCAGCCUUAGGAAGCAUUUUCCAGUUUUUAAAAAGAAAAAACUGACAACAAGUAAGUCUUUAAUGGAAAUGCCAACCGAGCCUGAAUGCUCUGUCCAAGUCAACGGCAAUCUUUCUGAACAAGACAUGUCUUUGGACCUCUCUUAUUUAAGAAUAACUAAACAUUUGGAAGAUGGAUCUACAACAGCCAAGACAUCCAAUCCGUUAUUUCAAAGAGAGUGUAAAGCACAAAGCAAUGGGCCUAUCCACUCAGACUCAGAUACUUCCGCAAUACUGGAAAAGGCAACUGUUUAUACACAGGUGCCUGAAUACAUACAUCUGACUUCUCCACAGGACAACAGUGCUUCCGUUUAUGCUUCAGACAUGGCCAUGGAUUUAAAUGAUUCAGUAUGUUCUCCUAUUACUAUGAGGCAAUCCAAUGAAAACUAUACACUGCCAUCCAAAUCAGGAAAAUCUCCCUCCUGCUUAAACAAUACCAGGAACUGCAAUGAAAUUAAUCCACAUUAUGACUCUUGUGAAGCAAAAAGUGUUUUGGAGUUACCUGUAUCCACUAAAGACACUAGCACUAAUGAAAACACUCCAUUAUCACCUCUGUCGAAUCAGAGUUCAUCACACUGCUUUCUUAGAGAGCAUCAACAGCUAACAGAGCCUGAAACAGAUUCUGACUGUAUGGUGCUGACUAAUGAUAAUCAUGGAAUAACGUCAUUGACCAGCAGUAAUGAGUCAAAAUCUAUUCCCUCGUGUCACACUGAAAUGGAUAAAACUUCUACACAGUCAUAUGUUCCAGAGUAUAGCAAUUAUUUAGAAGACUUUCACAUAAAGUCCCAUCUUCCAGGGAAUGAAAUUAAACCAGAAACCAACAAAGAGAUUAGAGACAUUAAUCAAAUUCACUUGGCUCAUGGCGAACUAUGUGCCCUACAAGGCAGGCUGCAGUCCAUAGAGGAAUCUUUGCACUCAAACCAGGAGAAGAUUAAAGUCCUUCUGAAUGUAAUUCAAGACCUGGAAAAAGCCAGAGCCCUCAGUGAAGGGCGCAACUUCUACCACACUGGCCAAGACCUCAACAACUGCAGCACUUGCCAGAACACUGCAUGUAUCAUUUACAGUGUGGAAUAUGACUUCAGACAACAAGAAGGCAGAUUUCAUCAGGUUUUGAAAACACUGGAUCAAGUGGAGCAAACACCUGCCACGGCUCCAGCCCCCAAAUUAUCACCUGACCAUCCAAUUCCUGAGAAACAAGAAUUAAGACGAAAAACAAAAAAGGUGAAAAAGAAAUGCUUCUGGUGGAUGUGAAUGUCUUUUAGCUGACAUACAGUAUUGAAGGACUACAUUUCAGAAGAUAUUAAAACAUAUAUACAGAGACUUUAAUAUGUACAACUGUGAAAUCACAAACAGGAAACUAAAAAAUGUCUAAGAAGGUAUUUGAAAACUCAAAAGCUUAGAAUGGAAUUUGCUCAUUUAACAAGCUCAGUGAAUAAAGACAUGAGUAUUUUGAAAUGGGAUGCAAUCUAUCUCUUUGAUUCAAAAAGACAUCUUCAUAUGCUUUGUGAAGGCAAAAUUUUCAAUUUCAAAUAAUGCUGAAGUUGUGAUUUAAAUUGAUAAAAACAAGGGCAAUCAAAGUAAAGGAAGCCACUCCCAUAUGCAUUCCCACAUUAUGCUUAGUUUCAAACAAUAUGGCCUAAAAGUCAUUCCCUGAUCUUGUCCCCAGUGGUGCAACCAAAAAUUGUGGGGUGGGACACAGAUUUUCAGAAAACUUCCUCUCCAAGGGAGACAAUCCAUUAAAAUUAUAUAUACAAUAUAUAUAUAUAUAUAUAUAGCACAAGUGAUUGAUUUGUUACACUAGUGUAAGAGUUAAAAAUCUAUAGCAUCCAAGACUGGACACAAUUCCUUUUUUUUGGGUUGGUGUUAUUCAGAAACUAACAAUUAUUUUACUGCAGUUGAGGGAGGGGGAGAAUCAUAUUUAUUAACAUCCUUUCCUAAAAAGCAAUCACUUUAUAAAACAUCUCUAUCUCUGUUUGUACCAUUGUGCAACUAAGAUCCUUCACACAAGAUCAAAAUGUCCCAACACAUGCCUCUUUGAUCCAACAGAACAUACUCACAGCAUCCCAGAGGGUGUCAAACCAGUUGUACACUUUGAUGUUCUGAUGUUCAUACAGAUUAGUGUUAAGGGAAAUGUUAAGAAAAGUUAAUGUAGAGCAGAUUUCAAUUUAGCUAUUUUUCAAAAUUUAGAAAAAUAGCCAUGACAACUAGUCAAAGCUAGAUAUAAGAGUUAAACUUUUUCUUUUCAAGAAAAAUAGCUGUUUUCCAUGCAAAAAUGUUUAGAAAAAGGGGAAAAGUUUCAGAAAAGUAAAUUUAAUAGCCAAGCAUUAAAGCCUUGACAGUACUAUAGGUGGCAGAGUAUAGGGCAGUCCCACUCUGAAAAGAGACUUUAAUAUACUAACAUGGCACAUUCUUACUCAUCUGAUUUAUUCCUGGGGGGGGAUGUAUAGUCUUAUUACUUUAGUGACAAAAGUGCUCGUGUUUCUUUUACUCAUUUUACAUUAGUGUGCAAUGCCAAGAAAGAAGACAAGUUAGCUUUUGUUCAUUGUUGUACAUCAGCAAAACCAUUUAAUAAGUUCCAGGUAUUAAGGACAAUCAAUUAUACCUGCACAAAACCACUGAAGGUAAUAAGAUUGCACAGGAGUCAUUAAGGGCAGAACCAUAGCACAAUAGGGCUUGCUUAGAUGUAACUGGUCUUUGUUUAGAGGUGAUGAGGCAUGGAAAGUAAAGAAAUUAGCAUGACUUAGCUGAGUGAGAGUUUUCAGGACUGGGAAUUAGAAAGAAUUAAACACAUUAGAUAUGAAAGUCACUGAGGGACAAUGAAUCCACAAUGCCAUUCACUGGAACCUUUUUCAGAGGAAAACCUCCCUUUAAAUUCUAGUAACAAAACUGUGACCUAGUUAUACCCAUAAGCCCUCUUCAAUAAGGAUUUGUAGAGGUAAGUAGGGUCAAAAUUUAGCCCUUGUUAGAGUACACCACUAUCACACCCAUUUAAAUACACAUUUUAUAUGCUGGCACGCCUAUAGUAUUCUUCCAUACUGACUGUGUAUCAGUGUGUCUAUAUAACAGAGAUAUAGAACGGUCUAUUUAUGUACAAUAUCAUUCCUUCUAGCCAACUAGUUUUGGCUAGAAGGAAUGAUAUUGUACAUAAAUAG